GAGGAGCUAUACUACAUGUAAUGGAUUGGUGGACAACCCUGGCUGCGAGUAUAGCCUUGCUGUGGCUCCUCUGUUACAUCGACGGUAAGAGAACCUGGUUAGCAGAGGUUUGGAAGCUUUCUUCGUCAAGGGAACGGUGCGGUACUGGCACGCGCUCUGGGCUUCUUCCUAAUUGCGGCAACGCUGUCCUAGAGCUGCGGCUGCUCUUUCACGCCCUCACCAAAGCCGCGUGCCACCUGUACCUGGCGGUUCUCCCGCUACGCCGCGCCGCCCUGCAGCUUGCCCGAUUCGUCUGUCACCUUGCCAACCACGGACCCGCCUCCGCCGGCCGGGCGUCUCCACUACUCCUGGAGGGCGUGUGUGUUGUUUGUGAAGCCACGCCGGACCUGUUGGGCGCAGGGCUCAGUCUAUGUGCCGUGCUGUGUCACAUCCUGCAGGGGGCGCUGUUCCUGUUGGCGGCCACCCUGCGGUCGGUCCAGGAUAGCGUUCUGGCCCAGGUGGACGGGGAGAGGGAGAGGUGGGAGAAAGAGCGACAACGCGCCAGACAACUGGAGAAGAGACAAAACGCCAGGGUGGUGGAAUACCUCUCUGUCUGUGAAGACCCUGCAAGUUCCCUACGACUCAAGGUGGACAUGAUCGAUAGAUAACAAUGAUCGACAGGUGAAUCGAUUGUUUAUUGGGAUGGUGGUGAAUUACACAAACGUUGUUUUCUGGCACAUUAUGCCUUUAUACACCUAUAUCGCCACUGCCUUUUGUAAUGGUAACUGAUUUGGAAUAUAAGGGUUCGGGGAGCCAGUUCAGGUUCCCUCCAACUGAUUCACACUGCAAAAAGGGACGAGGCUGGGAGGGGGAACAUUUUUUACAAACCUCCCAUUUUAGGCUGGAUGUGUAAUGUUGUUUAAAUUUACAUAAUCUAUAAACAGAAUUACAAUUUUCGGGAGCACUUUUACCAGUGGUCAAAAAUCCCAGAAUGCGUUUUGGUCUGUUUCUGUCAUGGUUGGUUAUUGUUAGAUGUCUGACACGGUCUUAACGGUUGUAUCUGUUACUGUGAGUUUAUAUCGAAUCUGUCUGUUACAUUUAGUUGGUUGUUGUCAGUCCCUAUUACGGUCUUAUAGUCAAUUAAUGCCAAAGAGGCAAUCUGCAGUUGUAAAACCAUAUCACUGAUCACCAGUCCUCAAUCCACAACUCUUUCUAAAUGUUUAGUUUUUCAGGUCUUAGACUUGUUUUACAGAAAGGGUUAGAAUUAACUUCGUUAUUGUUUCAACUGCAGAUUGACCCUUUAUUGUUAAUUACUGUCAGAUAGUCUAUGUUUCUGCUCAACAUGGCCAGCAUCUCUGUACUGAUUACAGAAGAGAUAAAACAUGAGGGAAUGAAGAAACAAUCUUUGCUAUGAUGUGAAAUUGAUUUUUAUUAAAGAACUCACAUCUUGAAAUCAAAUAAAAAAAUUGUCUAAAACAA